AUGAUGUGGUCUCAGAGUACCGUCGGUCGGCUUGCGACGACAGCUUGCCUCUUGGCAGGCGUCGAUCUCACUCAAGCAUGGCGCCUCAAUAGCCCAGGCAGCCACCAUGGCGUGGAGCAUGCCAUCAGUCGAGCUCCGGUGGCGGCGUCUACGGAAGUCAACAUCACCCUCGCGGACUCACUCGCGCAAGUCCAAGGCAUCCUUGCCAACAUCGAGAAGGAGCCGACGUGUAAGCGUCUAGCAGCAAAGAAUCUCGUUCAUGCGUGUAGCACCUACGACGGGCGAGGAUCGACGGCAGCCACUGACGAAGUGCUGGAGCUACACCAAAAGCAUUUCGCCAUUCGGAUGACAGAGUGUGAGCUCGGCGAUGCCAAACAGAGCAUGCCGAAGUCGUGCGGCCCACUCCUUGCCAGCCCGGCAACUAAGGAGCCCCAGCGAUACGUCAACCAAUGCCUGAGUGACCUCUAUGACCAGGGCUCUAACUCAUGGACGAGCUUCAACGCGGUCAAGAGCAACGCACACAUCAUGUGCAGUGCCAUGAGAAGUCAGCACGACAAGGAUGAGCAGAUCAAGUUCCUGGAGCUUCUGCUAGAAGCAAACAAGAACCUCAACCAUGCCAUGGACUACCACGGUGAGCAGGCGAACACAAUGCGACAGCAAUUCCACGAAAUCACCGUCAACGUGAAGGAGUUCCACAGCCAGAUGCACGAAGACAACGAGGUCCUCAAACAAGCCGUCAAAGAGUCGUGGGACAAGCUACAGCAGAACAUGACCACCAUGGGCUCUGAUCUCGAGGGUCUCUUGCAGACAGUCAUCAACACCGCGAAACACGUCAACGAACAUGCCGAAGAGACAGAACUUGCACUGGCCCGCUUCGAAACCAUGCGAGCUAACAGCGACUCGUGGAACGAGGACUUUGCGAGAUGGCGGACCGAGGCUGAAGUAGCUCAGGCCCAGCGCAAGUAUCAGAUGCAACAAGAGCUCGACAUGCUCAGUACCGCGGUGGGCCAGGUGACUCGUAGUGUCGAGACAGCCAAUGGCCUGACUAGUACGCUGGCCGCUGAGAUCGACUCGAUCGACUUCCGACUCAACUCCGUUAUGACCAACGUCCAGAGUCUGGACGAAGGAAGCGACGUCCUGGUCAACAAGCAACGCGACACCCUGGAGCGCAUGGACGACCUCCAGUCGAAAUCGGAAGCGGCUCUUGAGUCUGUCGAGGCAACACUGGAGAAAAUGGGAACACUCAAGACCAUCGUUGAGAGCAUUACUGCCAUCCUCGGCAACAUCACAGCGGUCAUUCCGUCCUUCGGCUUCCUGGCUGAAUGGUACAUGCUGCUCUUUCUUAGUGGAGUCUUCGUCUUCCUUUGGCUGUGCGGCCUGCCAAAAUGGGGAGCCGGCGUGAUGUCUCUCAUUAGCAUCUGGGUCCUCUCCCUCGCCCUUCGACUCAACAAAUCGACACAAGUCUUUCUCAACAACAUCAUCACCCACUUCCCUCUGCUCUUCAAGAACCAUCCCAAGUCCACCAGCAUCUCAGCAGUCAUGGGCAUCGCCCUGAUAGUUGGCUUCGGAAUGGGCGUAGCAGCUGGCUGCAAAUACAUGUCUCGCCACAAUCAGAAGCUCCAGAGCAAGGGAAGCCGAGCCUCAAUGACUAGCAAGGUCUGA